GUGCGGCUCUGUUGUUCCUUUACGGACUAUACUCAGAAGCAACACGAUGCCACUUUAUAGAAACAAGACACAGAGCGCUUUUGGAGAAGAACUUCAGGGGGAAACAGAGAAGCCGAUGACGCGAGGAGACACUUGAAUAUGAUUCAUUUGACUGAAAAGCCCCAUGGAGAGCGAUGGUGCUGAAAGGAACAGCUCCGGCGUGGGUGUGCGCGCGCUCACCGGCUGCGCUCUCUGCGCGCUCAUCCUCUCCACACUGCUGGGCAACACGCUCGUGUGCGCCGCCGUCGUCAAAUUCAGACAUCUCCGAUCCAAAGUCACCAAUUUUUUCGUCAUAUCCCUGGCAGUGUCGGAUCUGUUCGUGGCUGUUCUGGUCAUGCCGUGGAAGGCUGUCUCCGAGGUGGCCGGCUGCUGGCUCUUCGGCAGUUUCUGCGACACUUGGAUAGCUUUUGACAUCAUGUGUUCGACGGCGUCAAUCCUUAACCUGUGCAUCAUCAGUUUGGACAGAUACUGGGCCAUCUCAAGCCCCUUCCGUUACGAGCGUAAAAUGACCCAGAGGAUGGCCUUUAUAAUGAUCGGCAUGGCCUGGACACUUUCCGUCCUGAUCUCUUUCAUUCCGGUCAGACUGAACUGGCACAGAGCUGUGGAUCACAACCUCACCGUCCCAUCUGAAGACUGCACCGCCACUUUAAACAGGACGUAUGCCAUCGCGUCCUCUCUCAUAAGCUUUUACAUCCCUGUUAUAAUCAUGAUAGGAACGUAUACGCGGAUCUACCGGAUCGCGCAAACGCAGAUCAGGAGGAUCUCCACUUUGGAGCGCGCGGCCGGACACGCGCAGAGCCAGCAGGACUGCGCGAGUGAGCAGUCUCUGAAGAGCACGUUUAAGAAAGAAACGAAGGUGUUAAAAACGCUUUCCAUCAUCAUGGGGGUGUUUGUGUUCUGCUGGCUGCCCUUUUUCGUCCUCAAUUGCAUCGUGCCGUUCUGCGACCUGGACACUCUCGGAGACUCUCCGUGCGUGAGCAGCACCACCUUCAACAUCUUCGUGUGGUUCGGAUGGGCCAAUUCAUCGCUCAACCCGGUAAUCUACGCGUUCAACGCGGAUUUCCGCAAAGCCUUCACCACCAUUCUCGGCUGCAACCGACUGUGCGCGUCUUCCGCGGUGGAGACGGUGAACUUCACCAACGAGCUCGUGUCCUACCAUCACGACACCACUCUGAUGCACAAGGUUUCCACUCCGCGCCUGGAUUCAGUCCCGGGACACGUCGAUCAGAUGGACGUCCCUUUCGAUAAGGUGUCGGUCGUGUCCGAUUCGUCUCGUGUCCAAAGAAGCGCGCUGCUGCAGCAGGACGCAGAGAUGGAUAUCUGCCUGGACAUGAUGCCCUUCACCUCUGCUGGACUCAGCGACUGCUGUGCGAUUCCGGGACAGAUUGAGGAGUGUUGA